UUUAAAUUUUACCUAAAAAAACUAAAUAUUUAAAAGAUAUGGAGUGUGUAAGCGGGGAAAUACCAGCUGAAACAGUGGAUAAACCUACAGAGGUCAAGGAAAUCAAGGAAGAUGUAAAGGAAACUUCACCUGAAAAUGCCAAGGUGGAAACUGAAAAAGCCGGCGAGGAGUUCGCAUAUUUGGAGCGUAAUGAGUUUACCUCGGAAAUAUACAAGAUAGAAGUGAAAAACCUGGGCUAUUUCGGUAUUGGGGAGUUCAAGAAGCUGUUGAGAAUCACACUCAAAUUGGACGUGACCAAAAUCAAGUCGCCGACGCGCAAAGAGUUUGCCUUCGUUUGUUUUCGCACUCAGGAGGAUCAGCAGCGGGCCCUGGAGACCCUGCAUGGCUACAAAUGGAAGGGAAAGGUACUGAAGGCCCAGGCCGCCAAAGCCUCCGCCGAUCCGCUCCAGAAAAAACGAGCUGCCGAGGAUCAGGAGUCGGAGAGGAAGCCCAAAAAGCAGCGUACGGCUGUGGAAGCCACCUGUCCACUGUCGCACAUUCCCUAUGACCAGCAACUCCAGCAGAAAUCCGAGGAAAUGUCCGCACUUCUGGCCAAAUACACCCAGGAACUGAGGCGCCUUAAUCCGCGGGCCAAACCGCAUCUGGAUAAAUUCAAAUUCGAAGGCGUACUGCCCUCACCCACUGUAAAUGGCUAUAGAAACAAGAACGAGUUUACUGUGGGCAAGAAUGCCGCAGGAGAAGUGGUCGUAGGCUUCCGAUUGGGCUGCUAUGCCGAUGGAUCCGUGGAGGUGGCCGAAGUCCAGGAUUUGCCACACCUGCCAGAGCAGGCCAAAUGGGCAGCUCGCAGUUUCCAAGAACUCGUGAGGAAGUCCAAGUUUCUGCCCUUCAAUCCAGACGGAAAUGUGGGUCAUUUCCGGCAACUGAUGGUGCGCUGUUCCAGUGCCACAGGUGAACUCAUGCUGGUGCCCGGAAUUUACUCAUCAAAUUUAAGCCAAGAGGAGCAAAUCGAACUGAAACAGGAGCUCAAGUCAUUCUACGAAGAGGUUGAAGAGGAUGCAGCCUACAAAUGCACAUCUCUCUAUUACCAAGAUGUCAAACAUCGCGAGGCAGGACAGAUGAUCAAUCCGGUGGAGCACAUCUCGGGCAGCACACACAUCACCGACACCAUUCAGGGUCUCCAGUUUCGUAUUAGCCCCCUGGCCUUUUUCCAAAUCAACACGGGCGGAGCUAAUGUUUUGUAUCAGAAGGCCAUUGACUUGGUGGCUCCCACGAAGGACACCACCAUGCUGGAUAUCUGCUGUGGCACUGGAACCAUUACCCUCGCCUUCGCCAAGCAUUGUAAAAAGGUAAUGGGCGUGGAAAUCGUGCCCGAUGCCAUUAAGGAUGCUGAGUUCAAUGCGCAGGCCAAUGACAUCAAGAACUGCAAGUUCUUCACCGGAAAUGCAGAUGAUUUCAUCAAGAGCAUGGUGCGCGAAGCACUUUACGAACAGGAACCGGGAAAACCCAUGGAUCUUAUUGCAGUCGUGGACCCACCUAGAGCUGGAUUGCAUCACCGCUCGAUAGCCGCAAUUCGUUCGGCUGAUGCCAUCAAUCGUCUGGUGUACGUCUCCUGCAAUCCGCACAGUGCCAAGCGGAACUUCAUUGAGCUGGCCCGGCCGGAGUCUAAGCAAUAUAAGGGGGAACCGUUCUAUCCGAAGUCCGCGCUGGCCGUUGACAUGUUUCCCCACACCACGCACACCGAGCUGGUCAUUCUGUUCGAGCGUGAGCCCAAGACAAAGGUGGCUGCUGAUGAUGCUGGUGAUGAGAAGACGCCGCCAGAGGAAGAGGCUGCCGAGUCAAAGUCUGAGGCAACCGCAGAAGCUACAAGCGAGGAGAACCCCGCAUCCGCAACGUGACGUGUCUGUUGCUUCGGGUCAACCGCGAUUCGCUCAGACGCCAAACACCACCCAGAUGCCUCAUUACCCCUUAUCUACAGCAAACCUAUAGCACAGCGAAGCUGGCAUCUAUCAUUGUCUCUCUUUGUGGC